AUGUCUGCUUCUUCCAGCGUCGCCGCAGGUAAGCAAAAAGUGGUUCAGCAGCUCUGGCUGGAGGCCCGGCUCAACCGCGUGAAAGUUUCCCGGGCAGUUGCAGACUUGAAACAGUUUUGUCUGCAGAAGGCUCAACGUGACCCUCUGCAGGAUGGAGUAUCUUCAAGUACAAAUCCCUUCAGACCCCAGAAAGUCUGCUCUUUUUUGUAG